AAAAUUAUAUUGCUGAUUUGAUAUAAUGAUAUAAUUUAGAUUUUGAUAUAAUAAAUAAUAAAUUAUUUAUAUUAAUAUAUUUUUACAUAUAAAAUAUUUAAUGUAUAGGAUAUUCAUUAAUUUUUUAUUCAUUAAUUUUUUUUUAUAUAUUAUAUAGUUGACAAAUAAAUUGUAUAUAUAUAAGAUACAUAAUCUUUAAAUAAACUUACAUGAAAAUAUAGGAUAUUUCAGAAAACUGGAAAAUUAAAUAUUCUUUGUAUUUUUAUGAAUUUAAUUUUAAUAAUUAAACUAAAUAUAAUAUUUUAUUUUAUUUUUUACAUAAUAAAAAAUAUAAUAAAAUUUGUUUUUAUUAAAAAAUGAUAUUUUAGUUUGGCAUAUAAAAUUUUGUUAUAAAACUAUUUAUAUUUAAAAUUAUUAUUAUUAUUAUAAAGUUAAAUUAUGUCGGUGCAUUUUAUAUUUUUUGAUUCAGAAUUUCUAAAUCGGAGAACAAACAAUACUAACAGUAAAGAUCAAUCUAGUAUAAUACAUAUAUCAAUGGUAUGACAAUAUGAUAAAUUACAUAUUGGCAUUAGCAUGUAUAGAUCGAACACAUUAAUUCAUGUGUAGAAUUGUUUUCUAAACUUUUAUAAUAUAAAAUAAAAUAAAAUAAUAUAAAGGGUAAAGAAAAAAUAGAUAAGAUAAGAAUUAACUAUUAGCGCCAUCUUUUGAUUAUAAAAGAUAUAUCUUUAAAAGAAAAAUAAAGCACAAUAAAAAUUGAGAAUUAACGCCAUCUUUUUUAGAAAAAUAUUUUGGCUCUUUCUUUCUAAAAAUAAAUGUAUGAAAUGAAUCGAAUCUAUUAAUCUCGAAUUAAUCGAAAUACUCAUUUCGAUCAAUCGAAGAGAAAUAGCAUGAUAAUAUUUAUUUUAAUAUUUAUGUUAAAAAUUUUCUUUACUUAUUUUUAAGUGACUAAAUAAUAUACCGUAUAAGUGAAUAAAUAAGUAUAAUAAUUAUAUUUAUUAUAUAUAAAAUUUUGUAAAAUGCCGAAGAAAAAAACAGGACAAAGACGUAAAGCUGAAAAACAAAAAUUAAGACAAAAAGAAAUUAGAACUGCGAAAGAUCAAUUAGAUUUAGCUAAAUUUCCUUGUAAUGCAGUAAUGGAAUGUGAUAAAUGUGGUAAAAAACAAAAAAGUAGAGCAUUUUGUUAUUUUUGUCAAACUUUACAACGAUUACCAAUGUGUGCUCAUUGUGGAAAAAUAAAAUGUAUGCUCAAAACUGGAGAUUGUGUUGUUCGUCAUCCUGGAAUAUUUACUAUUGGUUUAGGUAUGGUGGGAGCUAUAUGUGAUCAUUGUGAAGCAUGGGUCUGUCAUGGAAGACGUUGCCUUACAACUCAUGCAUGUAUAUGUCCAUUAAUAGAUGCAAUUUGUCAAGAAUGUGAAAGAGGUGUAUGGGAUCAUGGUGGUAGAAUAUUUCGAUGUUCAUUUUGUAAUUGUUUUCUUUGUGAAGAUGAUCAAUUUGAACAUCAAGCAUCAUGUCAAGUUUUGGAAGCAGAAAGUUUUAAAUGUCAAUCAUGCAAUCGAUUAGGACAAUAUUCUUGUUUAAGAUGUAAAACAUGUUAUUGUGAAGAUCAUAUUCGAAGAAAAGGAUUUAAGUAUGAAAAAAACAAACCAAUUCCUUGUCCUAAAUGUGGCUUCGAAACAUCACAAACAAAAGAUCUUAGUAUGUCAACGAGAAAUCAUAAGUUUGGUAGACAAAGUCAAGGUACAUAUGAAUAUGAUAAUGAAAGUGGAUAUAAUUAUUAUGGAAAUCAAUCUCAAAACUGUAUUCCUGAAAAUUAUACUUAUCAAGAAAAUGAAAGUGAAGAUGACAAUAAUGAAGAUGACGAUGACGACGACGACGACGAUGACGAUGACGACGACGACGAUGACGACGAUGACGACGACGACGACGACGACGACGACGAAGAUAAUGAAAAUGACAACGAUGAUGAUGAAUCAAUAAGUGAAAGUGAACAAAAUUGCAAUAAUAAAUUAUAAUAAAUAGAACAUUAAAUCAAAAUGUUUAACAAAAAUUGAAUUUUGUAAUUAAAUGUAAGAAUGAAAAAAUAAAUAUAUUACAUUGUUAUGCCUUUA